AGAACAGCACAGAAACUAUUCCGAGGCGCAGGCACAGCCAAUUAAUUUAAUCAAACGAAACUCGGAAUAGAAAACUCAUCUCAUUCAAUUGAGAGCAAUCAGCGAUGGAUUUCACGACCUUCGUAAAGCCCACCAACGGGGGAUCAGGCGAUGCCGAUGCGGGAAUCCAAGAGCUGCAGUUCUGUAAGCAUGUGAAGUACAUCGAGAAUCAUGGAAAGCAGGAGGACGACUACGAGUACUGCAUGACCGAGUUUCUGCGCAUGUCGGGCAUCUACUGGGGCGUCACAGCCCUUGACAUAAUGGGGCAGCUGGAUCGCCUGGAAAGGAAGCACAUUAUCGAGUUUGUGAAGCGGUGCCAGUGCUCCACGACGGGGGGAUUUGCACCCUGCGAGGGCCACGAUCCGCACAUGCUGUACACUCUGUCAGCGGUGCAAAUACUCUGCACAUAUGAUGCCCUGAAUGAGAUCGAUUGCGAGGCCGUGGUGCGAUUUAUUGUGGGACUGCAGCAGCCGGACGGCAGCUUCUUUGGUGACAAAUGGGGCGAGGUGGAUACCAGAUUCAGUUUCUGUGCGGUUGCCACUCUGACUCUGCUCAAGCGUAUGGAGCAGACCAUUGACAUCGAUAAGGCGGUCCAGUUUAUUAUGUCGUGCUGCAAUCAGACGGAUGGCGGAUUCGGCUCCAAGCCAGGCGCCGAGUCCCAUGCGGGUCUCAUUUAUUGCUGCGUGGGUUUCCUUUCACUCACACACCGAUUGCACUUGCUGGACGUGGACAAGCUGGGCUGGUGGCUCUGUGAGCGCCAGCUGGGCUCGGGCGGACUCAAUGGGCGGCCCGAGAAACUGCCAGAUGUGUGCUACUCCUGGUGGGUUCUCUCCUCGCUGACCAUUAUGGGCCGCCUACACUGGAUCAGCUCCGAGAAGCUGCAGCAAUUUAUUUUGUCCUGCCAGGACGCAGAGACAGGCGGAUUCUCCGAUCGUACGGGCAACAUGCCCGACAUAUUCCACACGCUUUUCGGCAUUGGUGGUCUCUCACUGCUGGGACACUCCGGCCUGAAGGCCAUCAAUCCAACGCUCUGCAUGCCCCAGUACAUCGUCGAUAGGCUGGCCAUUAAGCCCCAGAUAUUGUCGCGGCCAUAAAACGAUCCCCUCGGAGCGGAACACCCUUAACUGUUAUAGCCAAUUGUUUCAUCUUUGUAGUGCAUAUGAAAUCGGAGCGCUCAAUUACUCGUUUAUUCCAACACAGAUCCCUAAGAUUUACUUGUAAAACAGACCAAAUUUCCGCCAUGGAAUCGCUUUAACCCAACGCUAUUUGCUCUUCUAGAGCGUGUAUCCCCUCAAAAAGCUAUAAACAAUGUAUUUUUUAUGAUUAAUUGGAAGUAAAAUUAAAUAAAGACAUUACUCUAUUGCAGCAAGCCAGGAAA